GCCCAUACAUUGCUGCCGCCAUGGCCGAUUGUAGAAGCCGCUGGCACUAUGUGUGACCGAUUUCAUGCGCGAAAUCGUCGUUGACGAGCCGUGACGCGAUACUCAUAGUUUGGGGAUGGAUGAUUUUGUGGUUUACUCUAAACCUAAGGGAAAAUGCUAGACGUAAUUGUGAUAGGAGCAGGUGUCUCCGGGCUCUCCGCCGCCCACAAACUCAAGAAAGCGGGCCUCCAGGUCGCCGUUUUAGAAGCUCAAGAUCGAGUUGGAGGUCGAACAUUGACCCAGCCUGUGGAUAUAGGUCAAGGAAAGACGGAGCUCUUUGACCUCGGCGGCCAGUGGGUGGGGUCGAGCCAGAAACACGUUAUAGACAUGUUACGAGAACUUGGUCUUGAAACAUAUCCACAAUACACGUCAGGCACAAAGGUCAUGCAGUUGGGUCCAGAAAGCAAAGUUAGACCCUACAGCAGCGACAUUCCCUCCCUGGGCUCACUGAGGGGCCUGGUUCAGCUGCAGCUUUUUAUAUGGAAGAUAGAGCGAAUGGCGACCCAAACUCCUAUGGAAGAUCCUCGCAGGAGUCCUUAUGCCCGGGAUCUCGAGGGACACACGGUCGAUUCCUUCGCAAGAAAGGAUUUAACGUGCGAGGCUGCCGUUCAGCUCAUUGAUGUUGCUUGCAAGGCUGCUUUCGGCACAGAAGCGACCAGGAUAUCCGCCAUUUUCUUUCUGGCUUACGCGAACGCGGCAGGAGGCGUCAUGAAGCUUUUAGAAGCCAAGAAGGAGACUGCUCAGGAAGCCAGGGUUAAGGGAGGAACCCAACAAAUAUCCCAACUCCUAGCCAAAAGCCUGGGCGACGAAAUCGUUUUCUUGAGUCACCCCGUAGUUCGCGUGGACCAAACCAAAGAAAACGUGAAAGUGACCACAGAAAACGGGAAGACGAUCGAGGCUCGGCGGGUGGUCGUGACGGCGCCGCCAAAUAUGAUUAUAAAGAUGCAAUUUUCGCCUCCUCUUCCUCUUUCUAAAAAGCUUAUCUACGAGAACUUACCUAUCGGGCACCUUAUCAAAUUUGUGGUGGUUUAUGAUAGGGCAUUCUGGCGAGAAAACGGCUUCUCGGGCGAGGUCGUGAGCAAUGGCGGGACGGAGGGACUUCCGGAGGGCGUGAGUCAAGGGCCCCUGAGCGUGUGUUUCGACGCCACCACUGACAGGGGCACGCCGGCUAUUGUGGGCUUCAUUGCGGGCCGCCAGGGGGUCGAGUGGCAAGGCAAGACGGUGAGCAUUCUUGGAGACUACAGGACAAACCAAAGGCUACAAACAGACAACUACAAAAUCUUCAUUAUUGUAGCAGUCAUCAGCAUGGUCACUGCUGUUAUGUAUUAG